AUAUAAUAUCACCGAGGGUUAAUAAAUCCAAUAACCUAUGUUUACCUAUUGUAUAUAUGUUUUAUUAUAUACCCAAAAGAGAUUGUUAUAAUUAAUAUUACUUAUUUUGUUUUGUGUUUGUUUUGUUUUCGUUUCAUUUUAUAGUGUAGAUCGAAACAUUUUUUUGUGAAAUCGACAUAAAAAGAAUUUUCUCGACAAAAACGUUCCCGCCAUUUCACGUGUUUGGAAAUCGACCAAUCAGAAAACGGACCACUAAGAAACAACCAAUCACAGUUAAUUACGAUAAAAAUUAAUGAGGCGGAAAGGAUAAAAUCAAAACAUGCGUUUACGAAUGUUUUGUCAAAACUAUUGUUACGUCACAAGCAUUGAAUAAUACGGGUGGAAUACGAUUAUUUAUUCAAUGGCUGUUUUUGCUUACGGGUAUAUAAUAAUAUAACAUAUUCAACGUUUUCAGGUUUUGUCAUAAAUUUUUUACUAUUUUGACGUCGUAAGAAGUGAAUAAACUUAAAUAUUUAGGAAAAGUCCUACGGUAUAUUCGCUAUGCAAAAUUCCUUACUACAUACCUUAUAUGUUGGCCACUUAACCUACUAAAUUAGGAAAAUGACGUAGAAAAACCUUGCAGGUGCAUUUAUGAAACUUUUUUAAGCAAGACUUAAAGGGACGAGUUAAACAAUCAGUUGUAGUGUUUGUCUUUUUAUGGUUACAUAGCUUUGUCGUUUGCUGUUAACGUUCCAUUUGCAGAUACAUAACGUUUAUAACAGUUAUCUGAAAGGAACAGAUUUUCUUAAUAGAAAGUUAUUCUUCCUUCGUUGCGCAACUAUCUAUUCAUGUUGGUUUAAGUUUAAUAAAAAAGUUUUAAAAAAUUAAUUUAGAUAUAAUUUAUUAUGUUUAAUACUUUGUUAUAUUCAAAUAAAUGAUGGAUAAAAAAAUUCAAAAGAAGACGAAAGGAUUAAGAAUGAAAAAAACAGUUUUUUUAUUUUUGGAGUUUUGACAGAAGGUGUCAGGAUGGAUGACCAAAUAAUUUAAACCAGAUGUAAUGUAGUUUUUUUUCUCAAAUUCAUUUAGAAAUAAAAACAGGAUGAAACAGGAUAAUGGAAAAAAAACAUUUUCAACUAUCGAAAUGCUGAGAAAAAUUUUUAUUUUCGUGGUCAUCGCUCUCCUGUUUAUUGUGGUCAUCUACCAGGUGGAUUUUUUAAGCCUUAAAAAACUAACAAUUGUAGAGAAAGAGGAAACAGCAGAAGGAAUGUAUGAAGAGCAAAAAAGAUCGGAAAAACAAGUAAAGAAAAUUAAUAAAAACAACACGAAAUGUUAUAAAAAUAUAUUUAAAAAUACACUUAUAGUGAUGAAUUUUAAUUAUGCGUUUUAUGGGAACAACAAAAUAUUACAUGAGUUAUAUGAUAAUGUAUUUGGGAAAAUUUUAACUUGUGGACCAGCUCCUGAUGAUUCAGCAAGUCAAGGCCCAGAUAUAUUGUACAAAGAGGAGAAGAUAUGGUAUUUCAGAUAUCGAUGUUUGACGAAAGCGAUACGAAAGUAUCCAGGAUACGAUGGAUAUAUUUACAGUAAUGAUGAUCUUAUUGUGAAUUGGUGGAAUUUACUAAAACUUGAUCGAAAGAAAGUAUGGCAGAGCGGUAUCGUUGACUGGAGACAAAAGGCGUAUGGUAAAAUUGUUAACAAUGCUUGGAUGUGGUGGACGUAUGAUAUGGGACUUAAAGCAUGUCAGAAAUAUUAUGAGGAAUUAAAACGACUUGCUGAAAGUAACCCAAAGGAAUAUAAGAAAUAUCUAGAUACUUAUUUAGCAAAUAGCAAAGGUGAACCAAGAUGUGCCAAAGGCUGGUCGGAUAUGUUUUAUGUUCCAGGAAGAUUUGCCCAAGGUUACGCAAAACUGUCCGACAUUGCAUACAAGAAUAAACUUUUUUUAGAAAUAGCUGGAAAUAAUCUGAUACGUACUUUGGAUAAAUUAGAAAAUUUCGAAUAUCUUAAUGGAACUUAUCUUCCCGACUUAUUCGUAGGCGAUCAUUCCGCAGAUGGAUUUAAAAAAGUUUACAAUAAAAGAAUGACUUUUCUUCAUCCAGUAAAAUUAAAUUCAAAAACAGAUAAAGAUCAAAUACAAACAAUUAUACGAAAUGAAAUUGUUAGUUAUAAAAAAUCAUUAACUGAAUGUUAGUUUAUUAAAUUACACACGUACUUUUUACAGGAAACAUACUUUCUGAACUUUCCUAGGUGUUGUUUAAACUUGGAGGACUUUUUUAAAAACAUCUAGCCACUAUUUUGUAACUGAAAUAUACUUUUAAGAAAGGAUCCUAUUCCUCAUAUACUUAUUCUUUUCAUUUUUCAAUGUUUUCUUAAAAAAUAAAAGCGUGUAUUGAAAUAUUUAUAAAUUAUUGUUAGUUUUAAUAAAUUGUCAGAAAAUUUUAGGGGAUUAUUAUGAAGAUUAUCGGAAAGUUGUUUAAAGAUUUUUUGUCUUUUUUAUCUGGCUUUAUCAUUCUUCACUUCCAGUUUUCCAACAAACCUUUCCAACAAAUCGAAUAUUUCUUAUUAUUUUUAUUAUUUUUAUUUUAAUAUUUUCAAUUCCCAUAUUUUUACCGACCCUCUUAUCGCUACUACCUCUUACCUCCCUUAGAUAAGUCAAAAACACUCAAGAGCUUUUUAACAAUGCUAAAAACACAAGACUUAUCUCUAGAAGUUAUAUUUUUCAGCCAACACAAAAAUGAGUACAUCGUAAAGAAAAACGUCGUUGAGAUCUCGUGACUAAAAUAUAACAAAUCACAUUAUAAUAACAAAAAUGCCGAAUGUUCUAGAAUAAUCGAAUGUGUUACGUGAUUUUCCACAGAUGCUUAAACAUAUUUACUGCAACUAAAAUAUAAUCUUUCUUGUUUAGCCUUUUCCACAUUUCAUUUUUUUGAUAUUACAAACAACAAAUCAAUCACUUGCUUCUAAAUUUACUCGAACGCAUCAGAAUAAUCGAGUUUAAAAAAGAAUUGGAAUAAAGAGUCAACAUGGACCAACUGCGAAGAUGAUACAAAGCGCUGGAUGCUUUCACGAUGCCAAACCAUUCCAAAAUGAUAGUUACUAACUGUGGAAUAUUACAAAAGGAUAAACAAAAGAAUAUAUGAAUUACCGUUAUAGUUAGUCUUCUACUUGUUCGCUCGCUGUAUUGUCGACUACUGUUCAUUCUCUUUGAAAGGAUCUUAACGUAAAGGUACAUUUUUAAAUUCAAAGUUAAUACGACUAGGAAUAUCAUAAUCUCUAAUAUUAUUUGAACAAAUUCAAAUGGUGUUGGCCAUCGAUCUUCUUUAUAGAUUCCCAUGUAGAUAACGGUGGAGUUUACUUCCUUGUAUACUGUCCAGCCAAGAAAAACACCCAUACAAGUUGUUGUAAAAAGCAGAACAAAUAAGAAUGGAUAUGCGUAAGCGUUUUUAAUAUACCUCCUGUGGAAGGCCGGCCAUAUAAUAACAAAGUAUCUCUCACACGAAAUUACAACCGUCAUUGACCAGGAAAAUGCAAAAGGGAAAAUAGUGACGCUUGUCAUGAUUGGAUACAAUGUGCAUAAAAUAACUUGUGAAAUAUCAUAAAAAUGUAAAGAAUAGAACGGAACUGAUAUUAAUCCAACUAGUAAAUCACUAAUGCUAAGGACUAGAAACUCGUUGUCUAUUCUAUGUCGAUGUUUUUUCUUUAAUAGUAUGGCCACGACAUAGAAAUUAAAGAUAACUAUGAAUACGGCAAGUAAAGGAAAGCAAAUUCGAAACAAGUGUUUCUCAGUAUUACCAACAAAAAUAUCUUCAUAGUUCUUGGAUUUCCAAUACUCACACGAAGUUAGAUUACUAUGCAAAGAUACACUCAUCGCACUUGACAUGUGAUAUGUUUUUUUGUUUUUAUUUGAAACGCAAGUAUUAUAAGCACACUUGUUUUCUUUUAGCAAUAGCGACAAAAUAUUGUCCAGUAUUGGUAAUUUUUUCUUUUUGAAAGUAGUUUUUGGUUAACCACAAUUGUUGCAAAAAUUAAAAUCUAAUAUUUCAACAUUAAAAAGAUAUACAAACUUUAUAUAAUUGAGGAGCCCGAAACAAUAGCAAAAUAUGGAAAAACAUUUCUUCUCAAGGAACAGGUGCAUGUUGAUAAUUCCAUCACGAACGAUAGAUUUCGGGUUUUCUAAUAGCAUUUUUUUUUUUUUUAUUACGCUUGUUCGUUUGCAAGCCUGUUACAAAAUUGGUUGUAUUUUUAUUUCAAAUAUACAUCCCCUAUCUUUCAGAAGAUAUAUACUUAUGUGACUUUUAAAUGUCAAAAAAAUCGAUUAUUUUCGUAGGUUUUAUAUGGCUUGUUUUUUUAUUAUGAUGAACACCGGAAUUUUUGCUCACCUGAGUAAGGGCGAAUCUCCACGGGACGAUUUUUACGACGAUCGUCAUCAAUA